CAUUUUCAAGUGUCUUGAAGAGUAGAACUCUACUCAAGUCAACAUGUUGUCUGCGCAUGAAUUUGACCAGAAGCCUAAUCAGGUUUCGAUCUCACCCCUCCUUCAGAAACUUGCCUACCCCACUACGCAGGUCCCUGUUGAUCCCGCCGAAAUCGCUUCGGCAUUUGCAUUGAUCUUUGAAGAUCGUCUAUCGGCCAUCCAGACGGCCGCUCUCUUGACCCUUUUGCAUUCUACUGCAAAAGAUCGAGAUGCGCAGGUCAUUGCAUUAUGUUCGCUCCGCAUGAGAGAGGCAGCUCGCCAGAUCGAGAAGAGCUCUUUGAAAAAGGUCAUCAAUGCUCGUGGGAAGAAGGAAGGAAACUAUGGGGGCGGCCUGUGUGAUAUUGUUGGGACCGGUGGUGAUUCACAUUCUACAUUCAACAUUUCGACGACUGCCUCUAUUAUCGCCUCGCCGCUCCUUAUGAUGGCCAAGCACGGCAACCGCGCGCAAACUUCAUUCUCUGGCUCUGCCGACGUCCUGAACGCGAUCGCCCCAGUUCCCCCGAAGAUCUCCGCAGUUACUGCCGAGAACCUUGCCCAAGUCUACGAAGCGACGAGCUACGCGUUCCUGUUCGCCCCCAAUUUCCACCCCGGUAUGAUGUACGCCAACCCAGUGCGUCGGGGCUUGGGCCUGCGAACUAUCUUCAAUCUAAUGGGCCCAUUGGCAAACCCGGUCGACUGGGCGCUGGAAGCGAGAGUGGUUGGUGUGGCUUAUCAGAGUCUGGGGCCCGUGUUCGCAGAAGCCUUGCGCUCCAGUGGGGUGAAGAAGGCCCUUGUUGUCUGUGGUGCGGAGGACCUGGACGAAAUCAGUUGCGCGGGUCCAACAAACUGCUGGAAACUUACGGGAUACCCCAAUCCCGACUAUGACGGCCCUGAUGAGGAGUGUUCCUGCGGCGAGGAUGAAGAUGUUCCCCGGACUUUGGUCAAGAUAGAAACCUUCCAGCUUCACCCGUCUGAUUUCGGUCUGCCUGCACAUCCUCUAAGUGCAGUGUACGGUAGAAAGAUGCCGAAAGAAAACGCAGCCAAGAUCAUGAGUAUUUUACGAAACGAGCUACCUCCGGAUGACCCCAUCCUUACAUUCGUCUUGAUUAAUGUUGCCGCCCUCCUGGUGAUUUCGGGCCUUUGUGAAGCCGACACCAGUAACAUGGGCCCUGGUGAUGAUGGCAAGGUGAUCACCGAACGUGGUCCGGGCGGUGGUCGCUGGAAGGAGGGUGUUCGACGAGCAAGAUGGGCCGUCGAAAGCGGUUCGGCACUUAAAUGCUUGGAACAGUUCAUCGAAGUCACAAACAGACUUUAACAAAACUGUCCCAUUGAUGACGCAGGGUUAUGUGUGAUGCCUCAUGCCUUCCAUUUCGGGGUUGUUUUCUUUUAAUUCUCGCUGGGACUGUUUUGGAUAGAGGUUAGGUACAUACUGGGUUACGAGAUUUUGGAAUACCUGGGGACUACUGGACUACUCGGAGAGCAUAUUUCGAGGGACGGAAAUUCAACACCGUCAGAACGGGGUAUAUUUUAGCAUUGAAUCAGGUCGGACUGAAGAUAUUUGUGAACAUAUUAUAGGGAUGUUGUCCUCAGCGCUACCUUUGCAGAACAUCAGGCAUGCUCGCAGUUCUCAACUUUAAAAUAA